CAUGUUUUGCUUUUAUUUUGUCAAGUUUUUCAACAGCUGUUAUUAAGCCAUCCACGUGUAGUUUUUUAAGUCAGUCUAUGACAAAUAAGAAGUGAAAUACUGCAACAAAUCAAAUUAAGGGGGAAUAAAUCAAAAAAGACUCUACUAGCGCUACUACUCCUAUUUGUAUAAGGAUUAGACACAGUUUAUCAAAAUUUUUCUUUUUUCUUCACACAGGUGUUUAAUGAUCCCAUCCAUGGCCACAUUGAGUUAGACUCACUUCUUGUCAAGAUCAUAGACACUCCUGAGUUUCAGAGACUACGAAAUAUCAAGCAGCUUGGGGGCAGUUAUUAUGUUUUUCCAGGAGCAUCGCACAACCGCUUUGAGCACUCGAUUGGGGUGGCAUACUUAGCAGGAGAGCUUGCUACAGCCCUCAUGGUGAAGCAGCCAGAUCUUAACAUCAAUGACCGAGAUGUCCUCUGUGUGCAAAUUGCAGGCCUCUGCCAUGACCUGGGACACGGGCCCUUCUCUCGUCUGUUUGAUCGUAUGUUCAAUCCUGAAGCAGACCCAGCAACUAAAGACUGGAAGUAUAAGGAUGCCUCUAUAGCCAUGUUUAAUCACCUGUUGGAGAAUGAGGAUAAUAAGGUGAAGGAAGAGGAAGAUUAUGAACUACUACUCCCAGAGGACCUGAUAUUUAUCAAGGAGAUGAUUAAACCUAUAAAGAGUGAUGACACUAAGUGGCCGUAUAAAGGUCGAGAUGAGAAUAAAUCCUUUCUCUAUGAAAUUGUAUCAAACAAUCAAAAUGGGAUUGAUGUGGACAAGUUCGACUGUCUUGCCAGGGACUGUCACCACCUGGGCAUCCGGAACAACUUUGACCAUCAUCGCUUCAUCAUGUUUGCCAGGGUGUGCGAUGUGAAUGGCAGGAAGCACAUUUGCUCUAGAGACAAGGAAGUGUCAAACCUGCAUGACAUGUUCCACACAUGGGUAUCUCUCCACAAAAAAGCCUACCAGCACAGAGUAACCCAGAGUGUAGAAAUGAUGAUCAAAGAUGCACUUUUAGAAGCAAAUAAGCGCAUCAAUAUUGUAGGUUCAGGAGGGAAUACGUUCCAUCUCUCCACAGCUAAAACUGACAUGAAGGCCUACACAAAGCUAACAGACCAAGUGGUUGAAGAAAUAUCUAAAUCCACAAAUGCUGAUCUAGAGAAGGCAAAGGGUAUUCUAAAGAGGAUCACAACUCGCGACCUGUAUUGGUUUGUGGGUCAAGCCAAGCCAACCAUCAAAGAGAAAUUUGAGGAGAAGAAGAAAGCUUUGGAAGGCAAACUGACCACACUCUGUACUGAGGAACAGAUCAAACUUGAAGUUACUGUUGUCAAUUUGGACUAUGGGAUGAAAGACAAGGACCUCAUCAAUAAAAUAUAUUUUUAUAACAAGAAGAACCUUAAAAAGGCAUUUCCAAUCCUAGAAUCAGAGGUUUCCAAGCUCCUCCCAGAGCACUUUUCUGAGGCGAGCCUUAGAGUUUACUUGAAGGAACCUAAAACUAAAACUGCGAAAGAUAAGGCAAAGAAGUGCUUCAGAGAGUGGUGCAAAGAAAAUGACUUUGAGAUCACCAAAAUGGACGAUGACGAUGACCCCUGCUCCGGCGCCAGCACAAUUCAAGUAACUGGCUAGUGAAUCUGAACAUGUGAAAGAUGCAUUUAUAAUGUUUUUCUGCUACUCUAGAGAUUUUAAAAAAGGUCAAUUGAAUAAUGAAAUUAAAGUUUUGGGAAUGGUAACUUCUUGUGUUUCUUUUUUUAAUUUAAAUUUAAUUUAAAUCUUAAUUGAUUUAGUUUGAAAAUUUAACGUUAUCAAAAUAUUACACAUUGAGUUCUAAUCUGUUUUUUGUGGUUGUCAUGGUUGUGUUAUGUUAUUUAGCUCUCUUCAUGGUAAUUUCUUGUGUUUUUUUCAUUUAAAUUUUGACUGUGAUUUAGUGAGUGAGUUCUAAUCAGUUUUUUGUGGUUGUCAUGGCUUUGAUCUUAUUUUAUUUACUUUUUAAAAUUGUUUUUCCUUUUAUUUUACUUCCUUCAUGAUGUAUUGAUAUGAAGUGAAUUCUUUCUAAUGGGAAAUUAGAAUAAUUUUAAUCAAUCAUUUUAUGAUUAAACUAUACAUUAAACUAUACAUCACAUGUUUUUAUCUUAAUCAAACUAAACUCGCAUCAGUACAUACUUAGGCCAGUUAUUGAACACUGUUGUGAUUUGCUUUUUGUGGGAAAAUUCGUUAUUUAUCAUGUAGCCUGUCUCUAAGGAAAAUAUACCAAAAAAAUAAAUAAACAUAUCCAUUCAUUUCAUUUUCCUGUUUUUCUUUAUUUCUGGUGUAUUCUAAACUUAGUU